CUCACUCCGAUAGCGAGAAGCAGCAGCCAGGCUAGCAAACGAUCAAAGCAGAGCUCGCUCUGGAUCGAUGGCGUUCAUGCGGUACCGCGGGCUGCCGCAGGGAGAGGUGACGGCGGAGGAGUUCUGGGCGUGGCUGGGGCAGUUCGACGCGGACCACGACGGCCGGAUCAGCCGGGAGGAGCUGCAGCGCGCGCUGCGGAGCCUCAACCUGUGGUUCGCGUCGUGGAAGGCGCGGGAAGGGAUGCAGGCCGCGGACGCCAACCGCGACGGCGCCGUCGGCAGGGAGGAGGCCGGCCGGCUCUUUGCCUACGCGCAGAGGCAGCUCGGCGGCAAGAUCACCCAGCUCGGCUCCUACUGACGGAAAAAGCAGACUUGGCUUUCAGCCUGUCCAUGUGAAUGAGUGCGGAUGCGUGGAGCAUGGAUGUAUGUUUUGUGUUUCUCGAAUUCGUGUGCCAACUCUCUCCAAGUUUCAUGGUGUUUGUUUGCAUUCGUAUGUUCAGCACUGAUGGUGAAAUCGGUGAGGAUUUUUGUGGA